AUGUUUUCGCUGAUGUUAGCUUCUGCCUCAUCACCUGCAAUAGACAGCGAGACAGGGGGUUGGACAGAUCUGGUAACAGCUGAGCAGAGGAUUAUCACACCCUGUCCUGCUGCCAUUUCACCCACUGAGCCAGGUAGUAAUGAAAACUGGAUCUUGAAAGCACCUUGUCUCCUCUUGAGUCUGUUCACAAGUUUGAAUCUCUGCUCUGGAAAAUUUGGGACACCAAUAACUGAUGAUGUGAGCAAGCUGUCAUUAUUGAAGCAGAAUAUCCCCUCUGAUUAUGAAAUUCCUGUUACUUACAUUCCCAGAGAAGUGGCUGGCACGUGCUGGGUGGUGUUAAAUAUCUAUCCUUUAGAGCAAAGUCUGCGGAAGCUGGCCAGUAUGUUUGGUGCCAUCUCCUCUAACAAAGAAAACGUACUUGUCUUCAUUGCAAUGCUGAAGAGUUUACGCUUCACCUUUGACCAUGAGGAACUGGAAACAGCGAUGCAAGUCUUCCAGUGUCACUACCGGGAAAGGAGCUUAAUGUCUGGACUUUACUUUGACUACAUCAAAGACGUCUUACAUGCUGCCACUAAAGGAACAUCCGGCUUCUCGUGCAAGCCGCCACCAUGCCUUAAUCCACAACAAACACCAGGGGGUCAGGAGAACAGUCGUAAAUACAGCUGGUCGAAGAGAACGCCCUUGCUCCUGGCUCUCAUCCCCUUCCUAGCUUGUGUCGCACUCAUAGUGUGGCUGGUCAAGUCAGGAAGGCGUUUACCAGUGUGCAACACUGAAAAUAGCCAAAUGGCACCUUCUGACAUGAUCCCAAGUGUGUCUGUCUCCAUCCCACUUCAAACACUCACCCACGCUGCUGACACUCAGCCAGCGGGGGAGGCGAUCCCUGAACAUGAAAGUGGAUGAAGCGCAAUUAGUAAAGACGAGAAGGAAAAUUCAGACAGCAGCAACUCACUCUCCAGGUUGUUCUGUUAUUGGCAGGAGCCUGCCGGAUAAACGAGUGUGGUCUGACACUCUUCCUCUGCUUUCAGUCAUCUGAGUGCGUGGACUUGAGCUACCAGAGAAAACUCACCUGCUGUGAAGAUGGGUGUAUCGCAAAAUUUCCCAGGCAUUUCUAACACUUAACCACCCGAAGAGAUUUUUUUUUUCCCCCAACCAGGGGAAGAACGCUCUGCACAAUGGCUGCUUAUCUGCCAAAAUUGGCUGGUGAAGUACAGUAAUUGUCUCGCCUUGGCCAGUGUUUAACAGCUCUUGGCUGGCCUGUUCUGAACAGACCACGUUGAUUCAUUUUUCAUUCCUGCCACUCUGUACUGGUACCAUUCAGGGUGAUCCCAGGCUCCAGUUUAACGCUGCAAUCACAAGUGUCGCUAGAGCCUCAGAUCAAAAUGUUAUCACACUGUUUGGAGGACAUUAUUUAAUUCUCAGGUGGGACUCCUGUCAUCCACCUGUUGGCUGUGUCCUGGUGGUUACAGAGACAGCCAGCACACUGAAUCCCAUCCUGCUCCUGUAUUCUGACUUCUGCUGAAAUGCAUUAGGGGUAUAUGCAAAGAAGUACAUUCCUACCAAUACUGUCUUUAGUACAACAACCGAAAUGCAACAGCAGCUUGUCUUGUUCUUGUUGUUGACAUUAUUAUGAUCUGUGAUCUGUCACAAAUUGUGAACCUGCUUGUCACAAACAACACGCCAAGCAGUUCAACAAGUGUCCUACUUUGUGUAUCAAAGAUCUGACCAGAUGGCAGAUAGCCAUCGCCAGAGGCACUUUGAAUCCCGUCAUUGUAUCUCAAAGCUGUUGCCCAGUGAUCUAUAGCUGCUGCUCGGCCACACUGAGUGUGUUAGAGUUUUUAAUGCCUCAUUCACUGAGUCAAUCAUGUUCAGUCAUGAGAACAUGACUCCCUGAGUGUGAGUGCUCUCGCACUGUGUCAGAGAGAGGGAGCAAGAGACAGGACAGGCAGGAUGAGAGAAAGUGAGGGAGAUAUGGACAGAUAGAGGGAUGGACGGAUGAGCUCAGCGAGAAGCAUAAGGAGGGCUUGUUCUCGUCACAAAAGAACUGGCCGUAGGCUGGAGGAAAUGCCAGUUACAAACACGACUGAUGUCGGCAGAUCCCUAUGAAUCAACAGGCUAAGAAUCUUUCCAGACCACAGGCUAUGUAGCCUCAUCUAGAGAGGAUGGUUAGUAUUUCAAUAACAAUUUUCUGUAUUGGAGUGAUUUACUUCCAAAACACACCAAUGAAAUGUGGAAAGCUGUACCUUUAUUAAAAUGAUUUCCUGUUGGACACAAAGCCUACAAAUUAUACUGUUGUUUGUUUGUUUUUUAUUUGUCUUUUUAGUGACCAAUUCUUUUUUGUAUUUUGUGAAAAUGUGUAUUUGUGCUUUUUGUGAAAUAUUUAUUUUGUUACAAGAUAAACCACUUAACCUUUUAAUUAACAUUUUCCACAAGAUUGUAUUUUUUUUUUCAUGUUAUUCAUUCCAGUGAAGAAUGUAAAGGAGGUAGACAAAAUACUGUGAACACUCAGGGAAAAUACAAUAUUACUGUGAAGUACGUAAAUCAUGAGGGCAAAUACUUUUACAAAAGUGGGUUAUAUUAAUGCCAUUGGAUGCCAAGAGAUGUAUUAUCACCCCCCUAUAUACAUGCCUGUUAUUUAUCUUUUGCUUAAAUUCAGCCUCUUAUCAGUGUUUCUCUUCAGUUUGUCUAGAUUCAUGUAACUUUCUUUUACAUAUUUUUCCAUUUGUUUUGCCUGAACCUCCUGCAAUAUGGGAAAAGAUUUCGGUUUCUUUCUGUUUGCUGUCUCAUAUUAUUUUGAAAUCUCACAUAAAACGCAUAUCACACGUUGAUUGUCAGAUGUUCAGUGGCUGGUUAAUUGGCAUUCAAAUUAAUUUCAUAUGACCCACAUUUGUAACCGUUUAUAACAGUGAUUUGGUCACUUUCCUUUUUUUAUGAAAUGUUGACAUUAUUUUGUCUACUCCCUGCACGUGGCCUGUGAGCAAAAUUAUUUUGUCAGUGGUACAUGUAUAUUUUGUUAGUAUUUGUCAACAUUAUAAAAAUAUAUAAAGGUUGUUGGAAAAACGAUGGAACACAAAAAGUCUGAAUGACUCUUUGAGGCCCUGUUCAUAACAGCAGCAAACAGUUUAAUCCCUGAAAGACAUGUGGACUUGAUAAAACGCCUCCAUUCUUGGUCUUUGAAGUGAAAUAUCUUGGCUUUGUAACUCAUAAGGAUGUCAGAACAGAACAAGGAUCAUAUGUUUAUGCAGAACAGUGUCAGGUCAUCUACUCUGGCCUCCCUGACCCUUGAUUGUAAUUUCUUAGUGACACAAAUUCACUAAGAGGGAUUUUUUAUUGCAAAUAAUAAUGGCCCCAGUAAUAUGUUUUGGUUAUUAAAUUUGUAAUAAUAAAACUGUAUUUGUGGUUGUCAUGUGCAACAAGGAGCAAUGAUUUUCAGCUGGAUUCAGUAUACUUAGCUCCUUUAAUCUGACUGAAUAUGUGACUGUCGUAUUGUGUUAGUCUUUUGUAUCAUUAAAGCAAGAUUUUGACAUGUAGAAAGUAUAUAUACACCAAAGCACUCAACAUAA